AUGUCACUUUCGUCUAUACUAUUCCAAUGCAUGCUGGGCUAUAUACUAGUCUCGACUGUCAUUAGAUGGACUAAAUUUCGUCGAGCUCUUGUUCAGAUCAACAACUAUCCUGGGGAACGGGUUGUAUUCGGGUUUGCCUCGCUCUUGGGAAACAUUCUUCCUUAUAUACCGUAUAUUUCCCCAGGAUCCGGUCACUCGUGGCGUACCAAGUAUCAAGUAUUCGACAGGCUAGGAACUGACAUCUAUGGAGGAGCAUCAGUAUUCCCUCCAAUGUCAUAUUUCGUGGUUUCGGAUCCCGCUGCAGUCAAACACGUAUCGUAUUCUCGCAACGGCUUUGUUAAAAAUACCGAAUCCUACAAAAUAUUAAUGGGGUUUGGGAGUAACCUCCUUGUAGUUGAAGGAGCAGAGUGGAAAAGACAAAGGCGAAUAGCGGCGCCAGCAUUUUCUGAUAAGAACAAUCGUUUAGUGUGGGACACGGCCAAAGAAUUUGUUCAGCAGAUGAUCAAUACUUGGAAACCCAAUGAGCGCACCAUUACAGCCGACGUUGGCGAAGAGGUUUCUCUACCGCUGUCACUUUGUGUGAUAGCCAAAGCCGGGUUUGGUCAAGAUGUCUCAUGGGGAUCCGACCCGAUUCCGACCGGGCAUAAACUCUCUUUUAAAGAUGCACUUUCGACAGCAUCCAAGACAAUGCAUUAUCCGCUGAUGAUACCCAACUGGGCUUGGGGGCUCAGAAGAAAAUGGAGCGACGCAAAGCAAGCCCACGACCAAUUGAGAUCAUACUUGAAAGAAAUGAUUUCAACGCGAAGAACGCUCAAGGAACAACAAAUACGUGAAAUUAUCAACAGCAGAUACGACCUGUUUAGCCAAUUAAUUUCCGCUCGAGAUGAAGAUGAUAUGCUCACUGAGGACGAACUUAUUGGGAAUGUAUUCAUAUUUAUGAUUGCGGGACAUGAAACCACUGCGCAUACCCUUGCAAUUAUAUUGAGUAUGUUAGCGCUCUAUCCCGAAGUCCAGGCAAAGCUUGCCCAGCAAGUUCAGCAGCUUGAACGAGAACACGGGAAUCUUACAUAUAGCCAUAUUCAGCUGCUCACGUAUGCGAUGGCUGUGGUUUACGAGACCUUGCGUCUGUUUCCUAUGGUGGCCUUCAUGCCAAAGAAAUCGGCCGCCGACACGAAGCUCACGGUUGGAUUUCCGCCCAACACCCAGACUAUUCAGGUUCCGGCUUCAACUCAGAUAUUUGUUUAUUCUACCGGUCUACACUAUCACCCUGGCUAUUGGGAAAAUCCGGAGGAGUUUGACCCCGAGCGGUUCAUGGAUCCACACUGGAACCGCGACGCAUUUAUAGCAUUCUCUCUUGGUCCACGGGCGUGUAUCGGUCGAAGAUUUGCUGAAACGUCGUUGGUUGCCGAGCUCGUUACCUUGAUUUCUAAGUACAGCGUCGCUGUGGAUAACACUCGGUUCAAGCAUAUAGAAGGAGAGUCGAUUGUAGAACGGCGCUCGCGGCUAAUACGCCCGGAGAUACGGUUGACACUGAGUCCAGCUGCUAUUCCAUUGAUGUUCUCGCCGAGGGUCUAG